AUGAUGGCUUCCCAGGAUUCUCUUUCUUCUCUAGUCCAGACAUGGUUUCAGUGGGACCAGGAUCCAACGACUCGAGCGGAAAUACGGAACCUGCAAGACGCCAGUGCCGUUAAAGAGCUAGAACUAUGUCUCCAGAAGCGCAUCGAGUUUGGAACCGCGGGCUUACGCGGCCGAAUGGCCGCAGGAUUCUCUAAUAUGAAUUGCUUGACGGUGAUUCAAGCAUCUCAGGGACUGGCCAAAUACAUCAAAACUACACGCCCAGAGGAUGCGGUCAAGGGUGUUGUGAUCGGUCAUGAUGCGCGCCAUAACUCUCGUAGAUUUGCGGAGCUUGCUGCGAAUGCCUUCCUUGCGUUGGAUAUCCCAGUUUACUUCUUUACAGAAACCUCGCCCACACCAAUGGUUCCAUUUGGAAUCAACUACUUCAAAGCGACUGCGGGUGUGAUGGUGACUGCAAGCCAUAAUCCCCCACAAGAUAACGGAUACAAGGUCUAUUCGAGCAAUGGAGCACAGAUCAACCGACCCGAAGACGAGGGCAUAGCGCAAUCGAUCCGUGAAAAUCUGGAGCCAUGGCAAAAUGCUUGGAAGGAAUUACUCCCAUGCGAUAUUUUGCAUUUCGACGCCUUUCAGAACCUCGUCGGUCCUUAUGAGACUAAAGUCCAAGACUUCGCGAGGUCUACCGUGACUGAUUGGAGGCCCUUCAGCCCAUUCGUGUACACCCCUCUCCAUGGUGUUGGAGGCCUAGUACUCCCGGAGCUAUGUAGUUCACUUGGAGUCGACAACAUCGUGUCUGUGCCUCUCCAAAUAGCACCGGAUCCCGAAUUUCCUACAGUUAAGUUUCCCAACCCCGAAGAGUCGGGGGCCCUCGAUCUUGCCAUGGAAACAGCAGAUAAAGAAGGAAGAACCUUGAUCAUUGCCAAUGACCCAGAUGCGGAUCGAUUUGCGGCAGCGGAAAAAGUCAAUGAUCGAUGGUUCCUUUUUACGGGAAAUCAUGCCGGUGUCUUGCUAGCGUCUCAUAUUCUUGAGUCCUUGAAAGCCACAAAUAAUCUUUCCACUGCCACUUUUCUUACCACAGCUGUAUCCAGCAGCAUGAUUGAAAAAAUGGCAGUAUCUGAGGGUGCACAGUUCCAAGAAACACUGACUGGCUUCAAAUGGAUGGGGAACGUAGCUCGAGAUCUUGAGAAAACCGGCAAGCAUGUCCCAUUUGCUUACGAAGAGGCGCUCGGCUACAUGUUUUCUUCGGUAUGCUACGAUAAAGACGGAAUUACCGCCGCGGCAGUCUUUUUAGCAGCAUACGCAAAGUGGAAAUCCCAGGGCCUGACAGCUCACGCAAAGCUCCAGCAACUUUUUGCCCAAUAUGGACACCAUGAGACCUUGAACAAUUACUUCCGGUCACCCAAUCCAGCUCUGACUCUGGAGCUGUUCCGUGGAAUUCGCAGUGGACCCUUCCUUGCUAACAUGGAGUUUGGAUCAUUCAAAAUUCUCCGUUGGAGAGAUAUGACUGAAGGAUACGACUCUGCAACACCUGACAAUAAGCCCGAUCUACCCGAAGACCCUAGUAGCCAGAUGCUGACUCUGUGGUUGGAAGGAGGUGUGCGUUUCACCAUCAGAGGAUCGGGCACUGAGCCAAAGGUCAAAUUCUACAUCGAAAGCUGUGGCGCCUCGUGUGAAGAUGCUGUCAACGCUGUCUGUCAGGUGUUCAAGACGAUUUUGAAUAACUGGGUUCAGGUUUACACCCCUACCAUGACUUACGACCGCAAGUUUCCAACAUCGUCAGGCCACGUUCUUGAACUAGAAUAG